AUGGCUUUUACAUUACCAAUAUCAUUAUUGAAUAAAAUAUUGCAUAAAAAGUUGGAGAACAUCCAACAUGACAAUGUUCAAGUAUCUCUUCAGCAGUCUGAUCCAUCCUCCCCCCUUUAUUCAGCCAAUAGUUUUGAAAGCCUACGCCUGAAAGAGGAACUUUUAAGGGCACUGAAUCGGAUGGGAUUCCAGAUGCCAUCGAAAAUUCAGGAAGCCGCACUUCCUAUUUUGCUUAUCGAACCACCUCAAAAUUUGAUUGCUCAGUCGCAGAGUGGUACGGGUAAAACAGCGGCUUUUGUCCUAACAAUGCUCUCUCGGGUCGUUCCAGAGAACAAGUGGCCUCAGUGUUUGUGUCUAGCUCCGACGUACGAAUUGGCCAUGCAGAUUGGGCAAGUAGUGAAGGAAAUGAGUUACUUUAUGCCGGAAGUGAAAGUUCAGUUUGCUGUUCGUGGAGUUCAAGGUAUGUCUCGUGGAAUGAAAAUCGAGGAACAGAUUGUGAUUGGAACUCCUGGGAAAAUGCUAGACUGGGUUCUAAAAUUAAAGAUAAUUGAUCCAUCAAAGAUCAUUUGCUUAGUCUUUGAUGAAGCUGACGUUAUGAUUUCACAGCAGGGUUAUCAAGAUCAAAGUCUAAAUUUUAGAGAACUGGUGCGGUCCGGCGCAAAGUAUCAAAGUAUGCUGUUCAGUGCUACAUAUGAAGAAAAAGUAUUUGAUUUUGCUGAGACAAUUAUCAAAGAAUCAGUGAUUAUUACUGUUCGCAGAGAAGAACAAACAUUGGCUAACAUAAAGCAGUACUUUGUCAAAUGCGCUAAUCGGGAAGAAAAGUAUAAUGCAGUGAAAAAUUUAUAUGGCGGCUUAACUAUUGCUUCAGCUAUCAUAUUUUGUUAUACGAGGAAAUCUGCAGAAUGGCUUGCUGCUCGAAUGCGUGAAAAGGAUCAUGUCGUGGCUUUACUGCAUGGGCAAAUGACCAUAGAAGAACGUGCAAGGGUAAUCCGUGAAUUCAAGGAUGGGGAGUAUAAGAUUCUGAUAACUACAAAUGUUUGUGCUCGAGGUAUUGAUGCAUCUCAGGUAACAAUUGUUAUAAAUUAUGACCCACCAGUCACCUACUCUCAAGACCCUCAACCGGAUUACGAAACGUAUCUUCACAGGAUUGGAAGAACAGGGAGGUUUGGUAAGGCGGGAAUUGCUAUUAAUUUCGCUUCAGAUCAGUUCUCUUUGGAUGUGAUCCGAAAGUUUGAAGAGCAUUUUGGUAUGAAAAUUCUUCCCUUGGAUGCAAGCAAUAUGGAGCAAGUUGAGGCUAUCGAGAGCGGCAAUUACUGA